AUGAAGUCAAGUCAACUGAUCGCCCUCGCGGCUACAACGAUCUCCGGAGCAGACGCCUACUUCCGAGGUUUCAACAUCGGCGCCAACCUGCCCAGUGGAGCCUGUCGAAGCCAGUCCGACUGGGAGUUCGCGUUCAACAAGAUCGCCAGCUUCCCCGGCAACUUCAACAGCGCUCGCCUGUACGCCUCAGGCGACUGCAAUACCCUGGCCAACGCCGUGCCCGCCGCCCUGAACACGGGGACCACGCUGCUGGUCGGCAUCUGGACGGAAGAUAACGCCCACUACGAGGCGGAGAAGCAAGCGCUCCUCGAAGCCAUCCAACAGUACGGCAAGGACUGGAUCUUGGCAGUGUCUGUGGGCUCCGAGGAUCUCUACCGCGGCGACACCGACGCCAACACCUUGGCUUCCCAGAUCAACGAUGUGAGGGGCAUGCUCUGGGGCCUCGGCGCCAGCGACAAGUCGGUUGGGCAUGUUGAUACGUGGACCGCGUGGGUGGACGGCGCCAACACCCCGGUGAUCCAGGCUGUCGAUUGGCUGGGUAACGACGCAUACCCGUACUGGGAGGGCGUCUCGAUCGACAACGGUGCCGCCAGCGAUGCGUACUGGGCGGCUGUCGAAAAGGUGCGCGCCGUCGCUCAGGGCAAGGACGUCUGGACGACCGAGACGGGCCAGCCUAUCUCCGGGGAUACUGUGGGUAAUGCGGUUCCCUCGGUCGAGAGUCUCCAGACGUACUGGUGGCAGGUCACCUGCGCCAGCUUGAACAGCUUGAACUAUUUCUUCUACGAUCUCGACGACUUUACCGCCUCGCCCAGCUUUGCUGUUGUCGAUGCGAACUACAACCCGUUGAUUGAUAUGACGUGCGGGUCGUGA